AUGAGUAAUACUUCUUCGUACGAGAAGAAUAAUCCGGAAAAUCUGAAACACAAUGGUAUUACCAUAGAUUCUGAAUUCCUUACUCAGGAACCUAUAACCAUUCCUUCAAAUGGGUCCGCCGUUUCUAUUGAUGAAACAGGUUCAGGGUCCAAAUGGCAGGAUUUCAAGGAUUCCUUCAGGAGGGUAAAGCCUAUUGAAGUCGAUCCUAAUCUUACAGAAGCUGAAAAGGUGGCCGUCAUCACUGCUCAAACUCCGUUGAAACACCACUUGAAAAAUAGACAUUUGCAAAUGAUUGCAAUUGGUGGUGCCAUCGGUACUGGUCUGCUGGUUGGGUCAGGUACUGCAUUAAGAACAGGUGGUCCCGCUUCGCUGCUGAUUGGAUGGGGGUCUACAGGUACUAUGAUUUACACUAUGGUUAUGGCUCUGGGUGAAUUAGCUGUGAUUUUCCCCAUUUCAGGUGGUUUCACUACGUAUGCUACUAGAUUUAUUGAUGAGUCGUUUGGUUACGCAAAUAACUUUAAUUAUAUGUUACAAUGGUUGGUUGUGCUGCCCUUAGAAAUUGUCUCAGCUUCCAUUACUGUGAAUUUUUGGGGUACGGAUCCGAAGUACAGAGAUGGAUUUGUCGCACUUUUUUGGGUUGUAAUUGUUAUUAUCAAUAUGUUUGGUGUCAAAGGUUAUGGUGAGGCAGAAUUUGUCUUUUCAUUUAUCAAGGUUAUCACUGUCGUUGGAUUCAUCAUCUUAGGUAUUAUUUUAAAUUGUGGUGGUGGACCAGAAGGUGGUUACAUUGGUGGUAAGUAUUGGCAUGAUCCUGGUGCAUUUGCUGGUGACACUCCCGGUGCAAAGUUCAAGGGUGUUUGUUCUGUUUUCGUUACUGCCGCCUUUUCCUUCGCCGGUUCAGAAUUGGUUGGUCUUGCUUCCAGUGAAUCCGUAGAACCUAGAAAGUCCGUCCCUAAGGCUGCUAAACAAGUUUUCUGGAGAAUCACCUUAUUUUACAUUUUGUCGCUGCUAAUGAUUGGUCUUUUAGUCCCAUAUAACGAUCCAAGUUUGAUUGGUGCCUCCUCCGUGGAUGCUGCUGCCUCACCUUUCGUCAUUGCCAUUAAAACACACGGUAUCAAAGGUUUACCAAGUGUCGUUAAUGUGGUCAUCUUGAUUGCUGUGUUGUCUGUCGGUAACUCUGCCAUCUAUGCAUGCUCCAGAACAAUGGUUGCCCUGGCAGAACAAAGAUUCCUACCAGAAAUCUUCGCUUACGUCGACCGUAAGGGUAGACCACUGGUGGGUAUUGCUGUUACAUCUGCAUUCGGUCUUAUUGCAUUCGUCGCCGCCUCCAAAAAGGAAGGUGAAGUUUUCAACUGGUUACUGGCCUUGUCUGGGUUGUCAUCCCUUUUCACAUGGGGUGGUAUCUGUAUUUGUCACAUCCGUUUCAGAAAGGCAUUGGCCGCCCAGGGUAGAAACUUGGAUGAACUGUCUUUCAAAUCUCCUACUGGUGUUUGGGGGUCCUACUGGGGGUUGUUUAUGGUUAUUAUUAUGUUCAUUGCCCAAUUCUACGUUGCUCUGUUCCCAGUAGGUGAUUCUCCUAGUGCAGAAGGUUUCUUCGAAGCUUAUCUGUCCUUCCCACUUGUUAUGGCUAUGUACAUCGGACAUAAGAUCUACAAGAGGAAUUGGAAGAUUUUUAUCCCAGCAGAAGAAAUGGACAUUGACACUGGUAGAAGAGAAGUCGACUUGGAGUUAUUGAAACAAGAAAUUGCAGAAGAAAAGGCAAUUUUGGCCACCAAGCCAAGAUGGUAUAGAAUCUGGAAUUUCUGGUGUUGA